GUACUUGUUCAAUGCUGUGUCUCCUCACCGACUCUUCGCCGGCCAUUCUCCGCGUCCUUCGGAAAGUCGCCGCCGGCUCAGGCUCCCUCCAGCUCGCCAGGAAAGCUCAUGCGCGCGCCACCAUUCUUGGCCUCCACCAUCAUCCCCUCAUAUGUUCGGUGCUCAUCUCUGCAUACUCCCUUUUCGGCUUACCCUCCCUUUCCCACUUCGUCUUCCUCCACUGUUCCGCCCCCAAUAUCUUCCUCUGGAACUCUCUGCUCGCUUCCUUCUCAAACAAUUCUUGCUGCCUUCAAGUCCUCACCACAUUCCACAACUUACGCGUUGAUUCCGGCGACUCCCCCGAUGGCUACACUCUUGCCAUCGUCGCUAAAGCUUUGACAGAGCUUCUGUACUCCAAGAAUGGCAGUUCUCUUCAUUCUCUUGUUAAAAGGCUCGGUUUUGAUUCGGACACUGUGUUGGCUAACACUCUAAUGGUUUUAUAUCUCAGAUGCGGCCGUCCAGGUGAUGCCCGGCAGUUGUUUGAUGAAAUUCCUGUUAGGGAUGUUGCUUCGUGGAAUGUUUUGAUAUCAGAGCUUGUUAAUCUGGAUGGUGGUAGAGAAUGGGAGCUUGUAAGAGAAAUGCAGUUUGAGGGAAUAAAGCCUGAUGGAUUCACCAUAUCGGCUUUGCUUCCUCUCUGCACUAGAGGAGAUUCUGGUGCCAUGAUUCUUGGCCGACAGAUUCAUGGCUACAUUGUGAGGCAGGGGCUUAGAUUCGGUUCAGAGCUUCAUGUUGGGAGCUGCCUGAUAAGCUUUUACUGCAAAGGUGGGAACUUGACGACCGGGAGGCGUGUAUUUGAUCACGAGCUCAAAAGAAAUGCCUUCACCUGGACAGCCAUUAUUGCCGGCUAUGUAGAAAGCAGAGGGUUUAAUGAUGCUCUGAGGCUAUUCCGCUCAAUGAAUUAUGUUGAUAAGGUUGUGCCCAAUGAAGUCACUGUUGUAACUGUUCUCCCUGCAGUUGGAUCACUUGCUGCUUUAGAUAAGGGGAAGCAAAUCCAUGGUUUCUCUUUCAGGCAUUGCUUGAAUGCUGAAACUCGUGUAAACAAUGCUUUUAUUGAUAUGUAUUCUAAAUGUGGGAGCUUGGUUGCAGCAAGAAAGGUUUUUAAUGAUGAAUCAUGGCUUAAAGAUGCUGUUUCAUGGAGUUCUAUUAUCUCAUGCUAUGGGAUUCAUGGCAGGGGGAGAGAUGCUCUCAUUUGGUUUCAGAAAAUGUCCAGACUUGGGAUUAAGCUGGAUCAUAUAACUGCUGUUGCAGUUCUCUCUGCUUGUAGCCGAACGGGUUUGGUGGAAGAAGGUUUGGAGAUUUACAGCUCAAUGGUGAGAAAUCAUGGUGUUGUUCCCAGUUCUGAGAUGUGUUCAUGCAUGGUUGAUAUGUUGGGCAGAGCUGGCAGGUUAGAACAAGCUUUGGAUUUGGUCAGCUCGUUGAGAUUUGAGCCAAGUUCGAGCAUUUGGGGAGCUCUUUUCGGAGCUGCUGCGUCUCAUAACAACCAUGAAAUUCAACAUUUGGUUGGGAAGUUUCUGAUUCAAAUGGAACCAGAGAACCCUUCUAAUUAUGUUUCUCUUUCAAAUUUUCAUGCUUGUUUUGGAAGAUGGGAUUUGGUUGCAGAAGUGAGGGGAAGAAUGAUGAUGAAAGGAUUGAGAAAGACUCCUGGUUUUAGCUGGAUUGAUAUUAAUGUUUGUGGUAUUGGCAACCUCGAAGGCGAUGAACAUUUUACACUUAAUAUGGUUCAAAGGGACGACAAAGAAAUGGACAUGGAGAAGGAUAAUUCUGUUAUUUCAGCUUUCGGUUGUCCACCAUUGAGAAAAAACAGAACUACUGGGAGUAUGAAACAAGUGGGAAGUUCUGUGUCCAGCACUAACCCUGUUUCGUUUCAGAAGAAGAGAAAGAGGAAGAGAGGCGUGGGAUCCACAGUGCAUAAACUUCCUGAAGAUUUUAUUAAUGAACACAGAGCCUACUUUGAAGAGGUGGAUGCAUUUGAACUGUGUGAAGAGUUCAUCUUAGAAAGUGAACUUGAGUAAGUAUUUUCGCUCCACAUUUUCUCUUUCCCCUUGCAGAAGUAUACCCUAUAGCAACAAAU